CUUGUUUCGUUUCAUUUGCUAACGGAAACUGUGAGUGGAAGGAGAAAGAGAAGGGAGCCGAGUACUUCCGCGUUUUGCCUCCCACUGAAGAAUAUUGCUAACAGGAGCAGCUUCUCCUAGAAUCGACUGACCAUGACACUCUGAGCAGGGACGGUUACAAAAUAUAUGGAUUGAUUUUAUUAUAACCCGGAUUAAUAAAUGAAACAAUGUUGCAAGGGUCUAAGAAAAAAGACAGGCGUAUUCUAUCGGGUACGUGUCCGGAUCCUAAGUGCCAAGCUCGGCUAUUUUUCCCAGCCUAUGGAGUCAGUAUAGAAUGCACCGAAUGCGGCCAGCGCCAUGAACAAAGAAAUCUGCUCAAGGUAGAGGAAGUCACCGACCCUGACGUGGUACUGCACAACCUGCUGAGGAAUGCUUUGUUGGGAGUCACGGCCCCCAAAAAGGGCACGGAAAUGGUGAAAGUAAUGGGGCUGUCCAACUACCACUGCAAGCUGCUGUCUCCCAUCCUGACCCGAUAUGGCAUGGAUAAACAAACUGGGAAGGCCAAACUCCUAAGAGAGAUGAACCAGGGGGAAAUGUUUGAUUGUGCUUUGUUGGGUGACAGGGCUUUCCUUAUUGAUCCAGAGCACAUUGGGACUAUGGGUUAUGGUAAAGACCGCUCGGGAAGUCUGUUAUAUCUCCAUGAUACCCUGGAGGAGAUCAAAAAAGCAAAUAAUAAUCAAGAAUGUUUAAUUCCUGUUCACGUUGACGGUGAUGGCCAUUGUUUAGUUCAUGCUGUGUCUAGGGCUUUGGUUGGUAGAGAGCUUUUCUGGCAUGCCCUACGUGAAAAUCUCAAACUACAUUUUAAGGUGAACCUGGAUAGUUACAAAGCAUUAUUCCAUGACUUCAUUGAUGCAGCAGAAUGGGAGGAUAUAAUUAAUGAAUGUGAUCCUUUGUUUGUUCCACCUGAAGGAGUUCCUUUGGGUCUACGUAACAUUCAUAUUUUUGGUUUGGCUAACGUAUUACAUCGCCCAAUUAUUUUAUUAGAUUCCCUGAGUGGAAUGCGAAGCUGUGGAGAUUAUUCGGCUACUUUCCUCCCAGGAUUAGUUCCUGAAGAUAAAUGUCAGGGGAAGGAUGGACAGCUUAAUAAGCCUAUUUGUAUUGCAUGGAGCAGUUCGGGACGCAACCAUUAUAUACCUUUGGUUGGAAUUAAAAGUGGUCCUUUACCUCGGCUUCCUUUGAAACUGUUGCCUAAAGCUUGGGGUGUUCCACAAGAGCUUAUUCGGAAAUACAUAUUGUUUGAAGAUGACAGUUGUACAUUAGGAGGUGACCGAAGUUUGCAGGAUAAAUACUUGCAGAGGCUUGUUGCUGCAAUGGAAGAGAUUUUCUUAAAGAAGCAUGACAUCCAUCCUUCACUGGUAGCAGAUGUUCAUCAGUACAUAUACAGAAGGACAGGAGUGAUUGGAAUACAGCCUGAAGAUGUAACUGAAGCUGCAAAGAAAGCUGUAAUUGAGAACCGUUUGCAGAAAUGCUUAAUUUGUGGUGCUCUUUCAGAGCUACAUGUGCCGGCAGAGUGGCUGGUUCCAGGAGGAAAACUGUACAAUUUAGCUGCAAGCACACAUGGUCAACUGAAAGCAGACAAAAAUUAUAGCUUUCCUGUUAACCAUCUUGUAUGUUCCUAUGAUCCAAAAAAUGAUGUACUGGUUCCAGAUUAUAAUUUGAGUCACUUAACAUCGUGCAACUGGUGCCAUGGUACGUCCAUGCGUCAUGUUAGAGGAGAUGGUUCUGUCGUGUAUUUAGAUGGAGAUCGAACUAACUCCAGAUCAACUGGCGGCAAAUGUGGUUGUGGUUACAAGCAUUACUGGGAGGGAAAAGAAUAUGAUAACUUGCCUGAAGCCUUUCCAAUAACUUUGGAAUGGAGUGGAAGGGUGGUACGAGAAAGUGUAUAUUGGUUUCAGUAUGAAAGUGAAUUAGCUCUAAACAGCAAUGUUUAUGAUGUUGCUAUGAAGCUUGUCACCAAACAUUUUCCAGGUGAAUUUGGAAGUGAAAUUUUGAUUCAGAAAGUUGUUAACACAAUAUUACAUCAUACAGCCAAAAAGAAUCCUGAUGAAUAUACUCCAGUCACUGUUGAAGGCGCACAUAGUCGUAGAGUUGGAGACUUGCAAGAUGAACCAACACCAGAACCACAUUUGCCUACCAAAAUUAUUUUAAUGGGUCAGAAAUCAAAGACUCUGCACAAAGAAGAACUGAACAUGAGUAAAACUGAACGAGAUAUUCAGCAGAAUAUUAUUGACCAUGCAGCAAUUAUGCAGAAAAAGAAAACUGAUAAGCCACGACAGGAUCUGAAAGGACCAGGCCAACCAUCUGUUCAUGGGAUUGUUAAAGAUGGUUCAUCAUCUGCCCCUGCUACUCCUUCUAAGUCCCCUUAUUCCCCAUUACCUGUAAAGGAGAAAAAGAUCAGAGUAACUACUAGCGACGGGAGGCAGGCAACCCUAACACUUCAAUUAUCAGUCACAUUCUCUGAAUUUCAAGAAAGUAUAGCAAAAGAGUUUAACCUUCCUCCUCAUUUGCAAUGCAUACGGUAUGGCUUCCCUCCAAAGGAGUUGCAUCCUCCCCAGGUGGGAUUUGAGAAUGAUGUUUUGCCCCUACAGCAUGGUGAUCGGGUAUCUGUGGAGAUCAUGAAGGACAACAAGGAAUCUGUACCUGCUGCUUCAACAUCUGCGGCACAUUCCUGGAAAGCUGAAGAGAAUGAACCAUCUGGUCGAGCUUCUGUUAAGGAUGUGCAAGACCACAUUGAUCUCGAAUUGUCAUCCCUCUGCCUUCUUGCAACCUUAAUGGGAGAAGAUGUUUGGUCAUAUGCAAAGAAGCUACCACACUUAUUUGAAGAAGGUGGUGUGUUCUAUAAUGCAAUGAAGAAGGAUGUAGGUUUGGCUGACGGCAAGCACUUCACACUUCCACACCUUCCUGGUAAAACAUUUGUUUACAAUGGGGCAGACAACAGACUGGAGUUGUGCAUUGAUCCAGCAGGGCACAUUCCCAUUGGCCCUGACAUUGACAAUAUGAUCAAAGAGGCCUUAAGUCAGUUACGGUCUGAGGGAGGACCAAGAAGUAGAGAGGGAAGUCCUUCCUCACAUGGUGGGAUGAAACUUGGAAGUGGAGGUGUUGUGCGAAAAAAAUCUGAACAAAUGCCAAAUGUCACUGCUUUCCAGGGGAAGGGCCAUUCCCUAGGGACUGCUUCCAGCAGCCAGCAGUUGGAGCAGAGACAAAGCAGGGAAAUGCAGAUGCCUAGAAAACAGACAGGCAGUUCCUCAGCAACAGAUCUUGAUUGUGCUACGAGCAAGUCUAGUCCCAAGCAAGGGGCUUCUCCACCCAAAUCCAGUGGUGGAGAUGGUCACCUAAUACGAAUGGCACCUGGGUUUGUAACAAUACGAGAUGGUAGGCAACUGGACCCCAAUUUAGUUGAAGCACAGCGGAAGAAGUUGCAGGAGAUGGUAUCUUCUAUUCAAGCCUCCAUGGAUAAACACUUGCGGGACCAGAGUGCCGAAGAAUCAAUUCCUAGUGAUAUUCAUGAAUCAAAGUCGCAUUCUACGACUACUCCUGUCCCAUCAAUAACGAGAACUGAAAGUCUUCAAAUGGAUACCCCAGAGCAACCAUCCAUCACUCCACCACCAGGUGACAAUGAGAAUUUAGGUAUGGAAACAACAGCAACAACAACGACAACAACAACAAGUGUGGAACUCUUAUCCUAUUCAUCCAUACCGUCAUGUAAGGUUCAUGAUGCAGCCCUUUUGAAUGAAGACCUUGAAGAAAUGGAUAGUCAGGAAAUAGAGGGAACAGUAGAGCCAAUGGAUCAUUCAUGAUUUCAUAUGAAAAUGGAUAUUAUAAAACUUGGUAAGCUGGCUUUGUACAAGACUCGAGCCAUGGCAAAAGGAACUCAUCGUGUUCAAAAUACAGAAUCAGAUUUAAUUUUUCCUAUGCAUUGCAUCAUAUCAAGAUUAUUCUUGGUGAUCCACACAAUGAUGUCUGCCUUACUACUGUCCUCCUCAUUAAUCAUUAAUGUUAGCUUGUACUGUACUUGGAUUUUAUUUUUGAUGCAGCACUCAGUAAAACCUCUUUAAUAAGAGGUGAGUCUCAUAUCACAUUUCCUUGAUACACUCAAAAUUGAUUUUAACAAUAUUAGUUGGUGAUGUUUGUGCUUGAAAUGAAGUAUUGAAAUGUGAAGUUUUGAAGGUUGUGUAUGAUGUCCAUCCAUUACUACAAAAUAAACAUAAUCACUCUUUAGAAACAUGCAGACAUACUUCACCUUCCAAGUCUCAAGGCUGGGACUGCAACUAGAACCUAAUAUAAUAAAAGUUGUAUUUACUUUUUGUUUGGCACUUAGCAGAAAUAAUCUCUAAGUAAACUAUUACGUAUAAAUAUUUAAUUUGAUGCCAAAUAAAAAUAUCACAGAAACAUUUGUAACAGUUUUGAGAUUCAUGCAGUUUUUUUUAAAUUAACAAGUUCAACUGUGACCUUAAUAUAGGGCAGCUCAAUUAGUGAUGAUGAAAUGACCUGCAGUUAAAAUAUUUGAGUUUUGCAUUUAGUUUAUUUCUGUGAUAGGCAGAUUGGUUUGUGGCUAAUCCUUAGUUGGGGAUGGAAUACUUGUUGCUGUGCAAUUGACUAGUUCUGCACUUGUAAAUCUCACCUUGGGCAUAUGUUCAAUUUUAUAAUUUGGAGAGUUCUGCAUUCUCAUAGAUUUUCAGUUUUUUGCUUUGAAUAUUAGAGUUGAGGAGGUAUUUACUGAACUGCAGUUGAAUCUUGGAGAAAAUAAGAAGCUCCACUGAAAGGUUGUUAUUUUCAAGACUGAAUCAAUAAUUUGAGGUUACCAUUUUAUUGGACUCUCAGUGCAAAUCAUUUUUAUUUUAGAUGCAAUGUAGUUCUCCAAAUUACUUUCCAAAAUUGUACUUCAAAGCCAAAUAAAAGGGAAGAAAAGUCCCUUUUCCUUUUCUCUUCUUUAAACACACACCCAGUCUGAAAUGUUAGUUGUGUUUUUAUUUUCCAUUACAGAUAUCAGCCAGAAAUAUGAUUCAAUAGGGUAUGUCAGACUGGAGAUCACACUGUUUGUUGUAAAGGACAAUAAGUACAACAAGCUUGCAUUCCACUCUCAAAGCACCGUCAGGAAUUGGAAAUUAAGAAUGCUUUAGAACAAACUGUAUAGUUUUACAGGUUUCCAAAGUAGAGAUGCCAGGUUUACUGGCCAUUUUAUUUUCCAGUUGCUUAAUUCAUUUUUAUAAAAUAGUGUCUUUUUUCAUAAUGUCACUUUAAAAAAAAUUAUCACAACAAAUAUUUAGCUGUUGCAAAUAAAGCGAAUUAAGCAUCUUUAUUUUUUAAAAAAAAAGUCAUUUAUUCUCACUCAAAAUACCAAAUUGUAUCAUACAUCUUGCCCACUAUAUUCCACUUGGUGUGAUACAAAUUCUGAGAAAACAAAUGUUUCUCCACUUCAAGGUGCCAUACUGUGGUAUGUAAAAUCACCAACAAUGGUUGUAUUAAUAGCAGUCAAGUAGAGUAGUUGUUAACUAUAGCAGGUGAUUUUUACGGUAGCUGUGUGUAUUAAAUAGUUUUAACAAGACUGCAUUGUGAUUGGAAAUGAAAGAGCUACCAAAUAUUUUCUGAUUUUUUUUUUGAAAUGUGAAUACUAAUAUUGCCACUGUGUGAAUAGGGAUGUUUACUCCUUGUGUGAAAUCAAUAUGCAUAAACCUUAAUAUGUUUAAAAGAAGAAGUCUGCCUUUGGAAAAAUGAAGUGGAAUCCAUAAGCCCACAAUAAUAUGUUAAAAUUACUUCCUAGGAGUAAAUGAUUAUUUUUGCUUUGUGGAAACAGAAAGUUGAGAGUUUCUACUUUUCAUUUAAACUGUGCUUUGAAUAGCCAGUAUCAUAGCCAAUUAAACUUGAUAUUCACUUAAGUUUGUAUUUUAAUGGAUUUACUUUAUAGUAAUUGUAAUGGCAAUUGAAUAAUUUUUAAGGUUGCUUGAAAUGUUCUGUGUUCUUUAGACACUUAAGUAUAUGCAUCCAGAAAAUGCAAAUAAAAAGGUGCUUUCUGACAAAUAUACAGUAAAAUUCAAGUUUCACAGGAAUGCUUUACUUUUCAAAAUGAGCAGUUUGCUGACAGUUUGGGCUUUAAGCUAUUUUAAUAAUUCAUUUGCUUUUUGAAUUUGUUUUUAGGUAAUUCGUGAGGAUUGUAAGACAACUCUUAAGUAUUUACGUUAAAAUUCAAUGCCAUAUUUCUUUGGGAUUUUCAACUUUAUCCUUUAAAAAUUAACUAGAUCUCAUGCAGAAUAUGUUGGGUGAGGCAUUCUUUAGAGUGAAAUAACCAAAAGACUGAAUUUGAGAAUUUAGAUAAGCUGCACAAGGCAAGCCUAAAGUUAAGUAUCCCACAACAGCUGGACUUUGUUUGCAGUGAUUGCCAUCCAGUUAUUGAAACAUGUUAAGGUUACCCUUAGUAUGUAUGGAUAGUAUACUGUAUAUAUGGUUUAUUUUUAAUGGAUAAAAUGUCCUGUUUAAAAUGAAAUGAAAAAGUUGAUGAGAAAUCUAUUGAAGCAGUUAUGAUAACAGGAUGACACCAACAAAUGUUCAGCAGAUUUGGUUUGUUUAUAUUUGUGGUUGCUGUACUAAAUAUCUGCAAUGAAUUACUCUAUAAUGUAACAUCUGUAAUAUAAUAGUAUAUAUUGUACAGUACUAUAAGUGACUUGUACAGUACUUGGAGUACUUUUCUUGAAUGCUAAAAAUAAGUAUAUUCUAUAAGUAUCUGUUAGCAUGAGUUAUGAGCAUUUAUUGAAAGUGCAAUAAAUAAUGUUUCCCGUGCGUAUUGUCUAAGGGUUUUAACAUUUCAAAUGGUUUUGCCUGAAUAUUUGCAUUUCUACAUGUGACCAGCAGAGAGAAUUGUUAAUUUCAUCUUUGCAUCCCAAAUGGUGAUUUUAUAGGUAGCAUCAUUAUCCACUUUCUUUUUCAUAUUUGUUACGUUUGUGCAGUUCAUUAAAUACUUCUUUUGAAUGUAGAAUUUGCAAUAUUAAAUGAAAUAAUGAGAUUUAUUUAUUUAUAUCCCUUCCAGAAAUGCAUCCAGCUCACGCUAAAAGAAAGAGAUAGACAUUUUCUAGUUUGGGUCCCAAUGCACAGGUGUAAUAUUCUCCGGGAUAAGGGAAAACAGUCUGAUUUAGCCUUCCAUAAUGUUGGCAUGUAACUAUUCAUCCUCUCUCAUCCACUAAAUUUUAAUAGUUGCAUCUAGAUCAUUUUUGUUAUUUUAUAAAUCCUUAUAGUCAUCCUUUCCUUUUAUUUCAAAUCCAUUUAUUCAGGGGGAAAUAAUUGUUUUUUUCAUGUUGGAUAAUGGGCUAUUGCCCUGAAAUUGCUAGCUCUCUGUUCCUGGGUCAUGAUGUUUAUCAGCACAAUUUUUUUGCUGGGAGUCAAUCUAAUGGAAAAACAUUGUUCCUUUAAAAUUAUAAACAAUAAAAAA